GCGUCGCGUGCACUCGCUCCGGCUUCGUUCGAAAGCGACGUCCAUUGAGCUUGUAUCGCUCCGCACGGUUCUCCAGCCGCGACUCUCGUAGGCGCUACGAUGUACAUGGCGCGAAAGUCUCCUCCAGCGUCCCCAGCGAGGUCCUUGGCCGAGAACGAAGACAAACGAAAAAACAUCGGUGAUCCUUCCUCGACAGUCCGCACGCCGAGCAGCGGCUUGCCCUACGUCGGCACCGACGUGGACCGCGAAGAGGCGCAACAGGGCACCAACGUCAUCGGCAACGGCGACUUCCAGAGGCUCAUCUUCGGUUUCACCAUCGUGGCGCAUAUGGUGCUGCUAUGCCACAGCAACGUACUGGCCCUGAUCACGGACCCCGUGGACCACUGGUGCAAGCCGCCGCCCGAAUACGCCGGUAUGUCGGCCAACCAAUGGAAGAACGUCGGUAUCCCCGCCGACGAAGCGGGCCGCCUCAGCCAAUGCCGAACGUACGUGCGACCCGGCGCCGCUCCUAACGACACGGAGACUGCGCCGUGCGACUCCUGGGACUACGACCCGGCCGAGGCGCACAGGAGCGCCCGCAGCUACUGGAAUCUCGUGUGCCAACGCAGCUGGCUUCUGCCCCUGGGCAACGGUGUCUUCAUGAGCGGCGCGCUCAUAGUGGUCCCGCUCAUGGGCUAUCUGGCCGACACCGAGGGUCGCAAGCCGGUCAUCGUCAUCUCGUCGUUCGUUCUCAUGGCGAGCGCCGUCGUGAGCUGCUUCGCCGAGGCCUACCCCGUCUACCUGUGCCUGAUAUUCGUGAACUCGGCCUGCGCCAGCACCGUCCACAUCGUCACCGUGAUCCUCCUGUUCGAGGUGUCCCCGGUACAAUACCGCACCUUCUACACGGGUCUUGGUAGCUCCAUGGGCGUCGUGUUCGUCGAGCUGCUGUUCAUUGUCGUCACCGCCGUCCGCACCGGCUGGUUCGCGCUCCAACUGCUCGUCGUGGCACCCACCCUGCUGCUCCUCUCGGCCACGUUCGCCGUGUACGAGUCGCCCAUGUGGCUCCUCACCAUGUCCAGACUCAAGGACGGCCGAGGAGGUCAUCUACGUCGCCGCCAAGGCGAACGGGCCGCCGCGGUGUUCGUCAGCACGUUCAUUGUCAUGCUGUCCUACUACUCGCUGACCUGGAGCCAUAGACUGGGCGGAGGCAGCAACCUAGUGGUACGCGUCAUCUACGUGGCUGCCCUUGUGCCCACCUACGCGGCCAUGUAUGCGGCACUCAAUACCCUUGGUCGCCUGCAGCUCAUGCUCCUGCUGUUCGCGCUUCUGGGCGGUGUUUCGGGACUAUACGGCAUCGCCACAUACGCCAAGCCGCGCGAGGUCGCCUACGCGCUCGCCAUAGCGGCUAAGUUGGUAGCGAGCGCAGCCCUCCCCACCAACUACCUCUACAUGGCCGAGCUGUUCCCGUCGUCGGUGCGCAGUGCCGUCAUGUGCGGUGCGUACACGUGCGGCCGCUUCGGCGCCGUGUUCGCCGCCGCGCUCGCAAACCUGCAGGACGUCGGUCGCGAGGACUUUGGCUUCGCGCUCCUGGCGCUGGUGGUCUUCGGAGGCCUAGUGACGUUACUCAGUUUGCCCGAGACGACCGUCGGCGGCACCGCUGACUUGGCCGUCGCCAACAUGGACGGCAAUCGCAGGGACCUCCUGUACCUCAUGCAGAAUACGCUGAUGCCGACGCGCAAGAAGAAGGAAAAUGAGGAGCAGGCGAGCGAGCGUCCCGCCUGCAGCGGGCUCGGGAGCGGGGUCGCCCGUGGUCUCUUCCAUGCGGUGAGGACGCUGCCGCUAAUCCGAAGGACUUGA